AUGCCUCUCCGUCUCUUCCUCCACCUCCGUGGCGGCGACCUCCGUCGACACGCCGUACACCUCGACGAGCCAGAGCAUCAUGCCAAGUGUUGCGCGCCCCUCUCCACCUGA